AUGGCAACCACCCCAGGCCCACCUGUUCAUCUCGGCUCCAGCUUCUGUGAGCAGCUUUUCUCCAACCAUUACUCGACCGUCACGAGCCAACACAUCGCCUACGAGCAGUUCUGGUCAUACCAGGUUCGCAAGACACGUGAAAAUCUCCGAACUGGAUUCAUCAACGAUGCCGCCUCUACGAGCGGGUACGCUGUGCCUGAGUUUGGCUAUACCAAGCAUUCUAGUGCCCUGCCACUCCGAGAGAUUCAGAACACUGUACACGAUGAGGAUAUCAGACCAUCAUCGAGAAGCAACCGCUUCAGUUGGGAGCCUAACAGCGCCCAUCUUACAACAGUCAUCGAACGAUCUCCGAUCAAGCGGACAUCAUCUCAGUCCGACAAGAAUGAGCCAAAAUCUGCCCCCUCACUGUCUCGUAAAUUAUCUGUGCGUAAAAGGGUAGUCUCAAAAGUCAAGGAGGGUCUUCUCAGUCGAUCCAGCAGUUCUUCCAAAGUGCCACUGAGGAAUGACAACGACGUUGCCGUCAGUCGGACUGCUUCAGAGCAUGAGAGAUCUGCACAGACUACGACCGACGAGAAUUCUCAAGAUAUGAAAGAUGAUCAUACAGUUGCAUCACACAUUGUCGCUUUUGACUCAGUCCAGAGUCUUGUCUCAGUGGACUCACCUGUAGGAGACUUUGGCCCGACACUCGUUACCUUCCCUCCGCCUGAUCUCAAAACUAAGAGCAUUCUCCUUGGAAGUGACGGCAGUUAUUCAAGUCCAUCACAAGAGGCAGACCCAAGUCUUUCGCCAUCUCCAGAAAAGACUCCACGCCCAGGAAGAGCCACACAGUUAUCUGCACUUCACUUCGACAGCAAUCACAAAAUACUAUCAAUGCUCCACAUCAAUCUUCGUGUCACGCCUGCAUGGGCGACCCUAGACCUAGCCGACGAGGCGACGGUCUGGGCGAUGAUCAAGGCUGAAGCAAGCGUUUCGAGCGAUCCACCAUCUACCAGUGGUACAAACGAUAUGAGAUCCUCGGCAUCUCCUGAUUAUGCCGGCAGAACUCAAAAGCCUCUGAAUGUUGUUGUUAUCAUUGACAACUCAUGUGCAUCGCUCCUUCGAGAGUUGGUGUCGUGGCCAGUUCACCAAGUUCAAGUCGGCUAUGCCUACGAACCACCAUCUCCUCGCGACCAAGUUCGGACAGGCGGAUGGCGUUUUGAGUGGGGAGAGGCUCAACAGACUGUCCUAGAAGCUCUUGUCCAGUCGGCGCGUGAAGAGUCUCACGCCCAAGAACUUUCACACGUCAGAGUGUCUAUCAACUCAACCGAGCCAUGUCGCGUGGAAAAACUCCUCACACCUCCCCGGAAGACAACACUACAUCCGGGUCAAUGUACCACUCUGUUUGCGAAGGUGCACGUACCUUCGCUCGAGGCUCAGCGAAGUGCAGAUCCAGCCUCGCUUGAAGGCCUCUUGAGCGAGCUUCACGAGACACUCGGAAUAGUUGGGAGUGAGUUGUUCAAGGCGGAUGUGCGUUACAGACAUUCUCUCCUUCCUCGGGAUACAGAAUUGCGGACUGAACAGGCGUUUGAGUUGAUCCGCACGAACAGGAACAGCCAAUGGGGCAUGGACCAUCAAGAGGAAGACAAGGGUAGCGUGGAGAUUGAGAUCGAGAAGGCCAAGUUUGCUGCAAGGAACUAUCCUCCGGACGUCGCGAUCAGGAUCUUGCAAAGGAAGUUUGGCAAAUUCUGGUCCGGCAACGACGGGCCACCAGUUUUGCGUCGCUUGCGCGAAGAACUCGAGUUCCAACAAGGAGUGUUGACCGAAACAUCUAAGAGUGUAGUACAGUCGUCCGCAACAGCCACACAGCAUCGAGGUCCGAAAAGCACACGCCGGACCACGUUGCAUCUUGUCGAUGCCGAAGCUCUGCAGGUUUACAAUACCGCCCCCUCUACGCCAACACCCGAUGAAGGCAAUACGAACACGGGCAUGCCUGCCGAUGAACACCAUGCUGAACACGGACAGAGGCCGGACAGUCUCGUGAUACAAGAUGAAGCUCGGCGGAUCUGGCGGCACAUGCGACGCAACAGCCGGACCACUUCAGGGGUCGCAAGCGCAUCCGGUGCAAGUAGCCGUGCCGAACCAGGUGCAUUACAGCAAGAGCAAAACCUUCAGCAGCGCGGAUCACAGGAGAGCAUCGUGGACCGGAUGGCUGCGGCGGACGCUCGCGUCCAUGAAAUUCGCCUCAAAGCGAUUCAGAACAAGCGCAGCGUCGGUGCUGAGACGUUGCGAGACUUCAGCAUGAUGCAGCAGCGUGACGAUGGAGGACUGGAUGAGUUGCAAUACGAGGCUUGUAUGCCUUGGCUGUAG